UUUCACCGUUUUGUGUUUUCACUGCCCAUGUCAUCAACCUCGUUGUGCAGUGAAAGUCCGAGUCGCAAUGAAGAUGAUCGCCAGUUCCCACUCACCUCAUAGAUGACCCUGACGACCGUGCCACUUUCGCUGAUGAGCCUGUCUAGUCUAAUCAUACACGUCUAUCGCGCCGAAUGGCCCUCAAAGUUGACAACAACAACAUGGAAAUACAUAUGUGGCCAAUGGCCAUCACCUAUACCCUCAACCUCUUCUCUCCCUCUCAAACUCCAUUUACACAUAUCCCUACCCCCGUCUUCUCCUACCGCUCAUUCCACCCACCACUAAGCCCAGCCUCCAUCGUCGG